CCAUCUGCACGAUCCAUCUCAUUGCAUACGGUAUAAAACUUCUGUAUACCUAAAUAGAUACAAUAAUUGUACCGUACUAUAUUUGUAAAUUUAUCUGAAUAUUAAUCAAUAAUUAUAAUUCAAUUAGCCUUUUCCAGUUCUUGUCUGCUGCUUGCGGACAAUUCAACAUCAAUUAAUUGUGCACGGACCAUUAAAACGAUAAGAACCUCUAAUCAACAACACACGACCGAGAAGUCCGAUGGAAGAGUAAUACAACCUCCACGAGAACCUCAAUAUAGAAUGGAAAGACGACUUGUAUGACCUGAAAGCUCCACUUCAGUGUGAUACUGAAUGUCUCAUAGUAGACCACAACAAAAUGUCUGCCAAACUUCAAUCAUCUAAUCCUUUCAGGAGGAAAGCUGCCUUCCCGUCUUCGACCAUCUCUCCUUCUUCGAUACCCGCUGUCAACCACUUCGCGGGCUCAGAACGACCUGCGAAUCCAAAUACCGAAAAUGCAUAUUCAGAAAGUCAAGAUGGGGAAAAGAAGAGACCCAAAAAGGUUCGACUUCAGUCUCCACCGCCAUCAUCUCCCUCAAUCCCGGAUUCUACAUCAACUAUAGGGGAGGAUUCGGGACCUUUCGAAAACCCUAUGCGAGUACCUCGAGAGUAUGAGCAAGAUCCUUUUGACAGUAUUACAUCUGACAUAUCUGAAGAUGAGGUGGAGGUGGAGGUUAAACCUCCAAGGGCUCGGAUUCUGAAUCCAUUUUCCAAGACAUUGGAGACAAUCGAAAAUCCAAAGAGAGAUGCAUUAGCUACAACACCUGCAAAUGUUACCACUCCUGGGAGAGCGUCUAUGGAUGUGGAUGCAUUCAAAAGGUUAUUGAUGACCGGGAAUGCGGGGUUGGGACCUUCUACCCCACUGCAAUCCCCUCCUGUUCAUGCAUUAAGGGAUGAAGGCAGCAGUAGUACGGAUACAUCUUCACUAUCACGACAAUCUAUAUUUGAACCAAUACAAGAGCCACAUCCGGAAUCACCAAGAUCAUCACAUGAGAUAUCAGAACCUGGAGAAUUACGAAGGACAAUUUCUGACUCUUCAUCAUUACAUGUGAAAAAGAAGCCACCCCCACCGAGUUCGAGGCAUCAUGGUAAAUUGAUUAAAAUGGAAUUGAGGGAUGAGCCUAUGGCCGAGUCUCCGUUAUCUCCUCCACAGGAAAUAUCGGCGACAACUCAAUAUUUUCCUAUUAUGACUUCGACCCCAAAUCGCUCCUUAACAGAUUUGAACAAGCCUUUACCUCCUGCACCACCUCGUGAAAGUGGUGAAUCCGAACGAGAAUCACCAUUCGAUAGAGAAUCCGCAGGAAAAGCCCCCGAACCACCAUCUCCAUCCUCAUCAAUAAGGCGAAAAGCAGCUCCUCCACCACCUGUCACGCGAAGGCACAGUCAACUUGUUGGUGACUCGAAAUUGAGUCGAAGUAAUUCCGGACGACUUUCACCAAGGCUUGAAGAAGAUAAUGUAUCCGUAUACUCAAUAGAACCUGGGCGACCUCGAUCUGACAGUGGAAAAGCACCACCUCCACCUCCAACACGAAAACAUGGUCUUUCUCGAACCCAAUCCCAUCACGUAUCUUCUUCACCAUCUGCAACAUCAUUGCCUAUUCCACCGCCAAAAAGGGGAUCAUCAAAACAGGGUCGACCACCAUCAGUACACAGUAUCGAAGCUCCCAGUCCUCAUAUCUCCAAACGCGCCUCUAUGCAAGGGCCGCCACCGCCCCCUCGUGCUCGUCAAACACGGAAUAGUCUUGAUGUAUCUCUAAUCACAUCUUCCUCUUCAAAUGGAGCAAGUGGCGAAUAUCGACGAAGUUCUGAUGGCUCCUCCAUGUCACAAACUUCACGAUACGAAGAAAGCAGUGCGGCCACUCCUACGGGUGUUAAUACCAACAUUCUAGCAGAUCUCAGUGCCUUGCAACAAGAAAUUGAUGCACUAAGAAACCAAUCACAACAACGGCAGCGGAGUGUCACAUGAAUAUAGCAUUGUGGAAAAAUUAGUUAUUCACUCUGGUGCUCACUGAGCAACCUCGGAGUCAAGAACAAAUGUUAUGGAACGUCGUAAUGGUGAAACUCUAUAGUUUACACCACUAUGUAAAAAGAAUAGGAAAGUCAUGUACUUUCGAAAGCGGUCGCAGCGUCUUCCUGCGAAUAUUUGGAAUUGGUGGAUUUAUGUGGAAUACUUGGAACCCGGCUCAAAAAGUUGGAGCUUCUUGGACAUUAAGCUUUGGUGCUUAGUUUGGGAACUGUAUGGGAGAUUUGGAAUUGUGCAUGAUGGACGAAUACCGUCCACUCGAGCCUGUUCUAUUUGAGGUGGGCUUAUUGAGUUUGGACUUCCAGAUUCUUGGAUAUGACAUUGCUCCAUUCCUGAAGCUAUUAGAAACAAUGAAGUAAUUGGAUACGAUACGAAGAGGGUGACUAGGAUCUAGCUUGUGGACGCUGCUGAUUCCGGUAGAAAACAGGGCAAAGCACGGCGAAUUAAUGAUAAUUGCGGAAUAUGUAUUGGUGAGGCUGAGGCAUGGAUGGUCCUUGUUCCAUUUAUUCUUAUACAGAGCAAUUUAGAAAUUCAAGAGGUCAGCAGGAAGCGAGAAAAAGCACGGAACCACGAAGAGCCCUGAAGAAGAAUGCUGAUCGAUCGGAUCGACAGUGCGAUGAGCGGGAGUUUAUUGUUUCGUGCAGGCGGUGGAGAUGGGUGGAGGCGUUUAAAGUGGGUUUGGAUCGUGCGAAAUGUGCAUUGAUCAAGAUUUGCAAGUUUGGAGCUAGGAAGGGAGCUAAUGGAAGGCGCGGCGAGUGAUCGGGGUGCGGGAUUAUUGCGGAUACAAAGUGAUAGACUAGGACUUGGUGGUGUGGGAGAAGUGCACUACAAAGGUACACAUGCAAGAUCACUAAUCACUUAUGCGCAAUGGUGAUCUUGUUGGGACUCUAAUGGGGCAGGCAAGAUGCAUUUGUUGGAGGGAUCAUGCCCGAGCAAACUGCACCUUGAGAUGGGGCAAGAAAGUUUUUACACUCCACUAUGCACAUAUGGCUGGAUGAAUUGGGAAAUAUUGUAUACUGUAAAGCGCUAGGGAUACUAUGGACUAAUAUGACAUCGAAGAUAUUACAUUAUUAUCAGUACGGAUCUCUAUAAUUGGUUGGAGGGUAAAUCCUGACGACUUUGGGUAACUGAUCUCGGAAGGAACCUGGAUCUGAUCAUUAUCUGGUUUGAUGCAUGGAGGGAUCAGGGAUCAGUGGAUUUGCGAGGGAGAUGAUCUGUUCAAUUGGUUGGAUAGAGGGGUUGAAGUGAGGACAUUGCAUCAUGACUAUCACUAGCUACAAUUAUAUGUGUACACUGACCACUCAGCCUCAUCUUGUUACGAAUACGUAGUACGUAUCACAUACAAUGAAUGACUAUAGUAAGUCUUUCGUGCAUGUAUAUAUGCUUUUAAUAUCAUCUUAUACUUUUACUGUUAGUCUGUUACUCUUAAUGUUACACGUCGCCAUUGUGUCUCAGUUUUGGAGCAACCAAAUCCAAAUGCACAUGCAGA